GUGUACGCAAAUAACUAGUGUAGUCACAACGUUUACUCUGGAAAUUGAGGCACAAUUAUGAGAGGUUUAAGGGAAAUCUUACAGAAUUGUCGAUAUAUGCAAUAUUUAGCCGCUAUGUCAGCCGCAAUGGCAGCCAUUUGUUCUUUUAUGAUAGGGUCAUGGGGUUCGCCGUCUAUUCCAAAGCUAACCUCUGCAGAUUCGCCACUAGGCGUCGCGUUAAAUAGUGAGGAGGUGUCUUGGGUAGCAUCCUCGCAUUUGCUCGGUUACACUGUAGGAUCACUUGUUUCUCCCAUACCGCUUAAGAUGAUUGGACCCAAGUGGUCUCUUCUAAUCACAUCCUUGCCGUUAGCCGGGUGUUGGUUUGGAAUAGCGUUUUCCAAGUCACCUAUAGGUCUAAUUCUGCUUCGUUUCCUAUCAGGUGUAUGUGAUGGAGUUAUUUUAACGGUGUUGCCGUUAUACAUCGGAGAGGUUGCAGAUAAAGAUAUAAGAGGAAAACUAAUUUCAUUUUCUCCCAUUUUUGCCGGGUUAGGAAAUUUUAUUGUACUGGCAGUGGGUCCUUUUGUCGAGUAUAAAACAUUAACUUUCAUUUGUGCGGCGGUUCCUAUUAUUUUUGGGAGCGUAUUCGUGUUCCUACCCGAAUCUCCAUACUUUCUUCUCAAAACUGGAAGAACUGAAGAAAGCAAGUGUUCCUUGCGUACACUAUCAGGCAGCAGUGUAGAUGAACCGACAAUUGAUGAACGAAUGAAUGAAAUAGAAGCAACUGUUCGAGUCCAUUGUGAAGCUAGCCAGAGGUGUAAUGUGCUCUACAUCUUUUCAAAGAGGCAUUUUCGUUUUGCACUUUUCAUAUCAUUACAUCUCAGAUUAAUAAACGUCUUUGGAGGAAUGUCAGUAAUAAAACCGUAUCUGCAAACAAAAUUGGAGCAACAGGAAGCAGUAUUUCUCCCGAAAUUUCGAGUCUAAGCUUUGCUAUAGCGCAACAACCAUCUGGUAACUGAACUAUGUUCUGUCUUACUUAACCUUUAUUUUUUUAUAGCCAUAUUAUCUGCGUAUUUAGUGGAUAGAGUUGGUAGAAAGAUUCUUUUGAUAAUAUCAACCCUUGGAUGCGCUCUUUCACUUGGAAUAGAAGGUCUCUAUUUCUAUUUGGAAGAUAUUACCAAAACAAAUUUGAGCGCAGUUUCUUGGCUGCCAACUGCUUGCCUUGUAAUUUACACCAUCGCACAACCGAUAGGAGUUGGUUCGUUGUCGAGUAUUAUUAUGGGAGAAGUCUUUGCCGACGAAAUUAAAGGUGUUGCAGCAUGUAUUUCAAUAACAGUCAGUGGCUGUUGCGUCUUUUUACUAGGGAGAUUUUUUUUACCAAUUGCGCAGGCGUGGGGGAUGCAUGCCAUGUUUUGGAUGUUUAGUGUAUGUUGUUUUUAUGGUGCCAUUUUUGCUACCUUUAUGCUUCCUGAAACGAAAGGAAGAUCGUUUUUAGAAAUACAGGAAAGACUUUCCAAGGGUCGAUGUUGUUGACUCUUGGUUCCAAAAUGUUACCUAGGUAAUUCAAAUUAGUGGAUUGUAGAAUAAAUAUUUCUGUUUAGAAACUUAUACCCUCAUGCAUUGAGUUAAACUGAUUUUGAUGUUGAAUGUAAUGCAUUCGGAUUUUUGAAUGUAUGUACCAAUUGUGUUCAAAAAGGUGUUGAACUUGGAAUGUUGUUACAAUAGUGGAAUACAAACCCUUUCUCUUAAUCAA